AAAAGGACUUCAUAAACCCUCCCACCGUCUCUCUCUCUCUCUCUCUCUCUCUCUCUCAGUGUCUCAUUUCUUCUUCAUCUCCUUUACAAAUAUAAGCUCUUGUUCUCAUUACCCUCUAUGGCCAAAGGGUGGGUCUCACCCUUGCUAAUACCACCUUUCGGAACUCCUACUGCAAUUUUAGACCCAGAUCCUUUUCGGGGACGUGGGUUCAAUUGUACGUCCGAUACUAAUAAGCCGAUGUCUUUUGGGGCUGGCAGUCCGUCAAAUAACGAAGAAGAUCGAGUGGUUGUCAAUGAACUGGACUUCUUCUCUGAUGAGCGUAAGGUUACACCCCGCGGCGAUGCAGGGGCAAGGUUCCCAAUCGAGAAGGAAACCAGCUCCCAUGAAUCGGAUGUAAAUACUGGUUUGCGAUUAGUUAGCGAUUCGAGAAGCGAGAAAUCAUCAGACGAAGGUAGAUCUUUAUCGGAUGUGGCAGAUAAACUGGGGAGGAACGAGCUUGGGCACCUUCAUGCGGAGCUUCAGCUAAUGAAUUUGGAGAAUCGUAGAUUGAAGGAAAUGCUAGUGCAAGCUUGUAACAGCUACAAUGCCUUGCAGGCCCACCUUGCGACCUUGAUGCAGCCGCAACAAAAUAAUCUCGGUCCCACAGCGGCUCAACAUGAGAAUAAUGUUGAACGAAAGUUGCUUGAAAAGAAGAAAAGUGAAGCAAUUGCACUGAAAAAUUUGCUCGACUCAGGAGACUCUAUAGCUCCUCGGGCUCAGGACAUAGCCGGCAAUUUGUUGACAGACAAGAAAAUCCGUGGUGAGUCUCAGUCGCCUUGCAAUAACAUCAUGGAAUCAAGUGCACCCUCUCAUAAGUCACUUGAUGGUUACCCAGACGGGAAAAGAAGUGGUAGCCCCAUCGAUUUCGAAGCACAGGAUUGCAAGCCUAAUAAGAAUGCAAGAUUGAGUAAUGGAACCACUGUAGAUCAACCUUCGGCAGAUGUGACCAUGAGAAAGACCCGUGUUUCAGUUCGAGCGAUAUCAGAAGCUUCCAUGAUUAACGAUGGAUGUCAAUGGCGGAAAUACGGGCAAAAGAUGGCUAAAGGAAAUCCAUGUCCACGAGCAUAUUACCGGUGUACUAUGUCAGCUGGCUGUCCCGUCCGCAAACAAGUCCAGCGUUGCCAAGAAGAUCGAUCAAUCCUGACAACGACCUAUGAGGGCCAUCACAACCAUCCGCUCCCACCUGCUGCCAUGUCCAUGGCAUCAGCCACGACAGCAGCCGCAAGCAUGUUGCUUUCGAGAUCAAUGUCAAGCUCAGACAGUGGCAAUUUCGUGAACCCAAAUUUUCUAGGAAGAGCGAUUCUUCCUUGCACAUCAAGCAUGGCCACCAUUUCAGCUUCAGCUCCAUUUCCCAGUGUCACUUUAGAUCUCACUCACUCUCCAAACCUCCAAACAGCCCAAACACCCCAUCUCCAGUUUCCCUUCCCUGGCCAAGAAACCCUAAUUUACAACAAUCAAUCCCAAUUUUCAGGCCUCCAAUUAAUGUCCGACCACCACCAAGCUCAGCCAUCACAGCCAGUGCCGCCAGUGGCAGCAGACACGGUAUUGAGUGCAGCCACAGCCGCCAUAGCUGCUGACCCGAACUUCACCGCUGCUCUUGCAGCUGCCAUCUCUUCCAUCAUAGGUGGAGCUCACCCCAACCCUAACAGCUCAGCCACCUCCCUCUCGGAUCCCGGAAGUGAAACUGCAAAUGCCGUUUUUGAUCGAUACGAGCAACAGUAAGGGAAGCAAGACAGAUAUAUAUGUUUACAGCAAACUUCAAGUGCUGGUGAUCAUUUCGGUGUUCAACUUGUUCAUAUGUUCCAUUUCGCGUUAGAUAAGAAUGAGAUUUGAUUUCAUGUUGAUAUAGUCUAUAUGCCCCCUCCAAGAAAGAUUAGAACAUAAUCAAUUUCCUCGUAUAACAAGCUCUUUCAUUGUUAGUUUCUUUCACUUGAAUGACAUAUCUAGUUAACAUCC